AUGCUUCAAGAUCGAAAAUGGACAGGUUCUUUGGUUAAAUUUACUGGUUUUGUGGAUAGAAUAGUCAAGGAAUUCUAUGCCAAUCUUACUAAUGAAAUUAUUGAACCUAAAUUUCCUUUGUAUUGUAAAGUGUUUGUUAGGGGCCAUUGGUUCUCUUUUUCUCCACAAGAUAUUGCACAUGCUUUGCAUCUUCCUCUUAAUGUUGAGGAUGAUGAUGACCCUGCCUCUCUCGACAAGGAUGCGAUUAUCACUGAAUUAGUAGGGCAAAAAAUGGUAUGGCCAUCUAAUACAGUCAUCUCGGUCACUAAUCUCACCUACACUUAUGUUGUUCUCCAUAAGUUUGCCACAACGAAUUGGAAACCAACUUCUCACACAGAAACUUUCUCCUUUGACAUGGCCUCUUUUUUGUACAAAGUGGGGACCAGAAUUGGUAUAAAAUUGGCUAUGUUCAUCCAUGAUCAAAUCAUUGGAUUUCGAAAAGGUAAUAGGAGAAACUUGAAUCUUCCUUUUCCUCAAGUUAUUUAUAAAGUUUUGAGUAUGCAGAAAAAAGAUCUCCAGCGUGAUCAAGAAGACUUGGUGGCUCCCACUACUGUUGUUUCCUACAAGGCCUCUGCUCCACCUACUGAAGCCACUGAUGCUCCAUCAACCAAGAAAGUCAAGCCCCAAUCUCUGAAGUUUGCCUCGGAUGACAUUCCUCGUGCAUCCUCCUCUGUUCCCACAGAUUCAGGACUUGUUGCUACAGAACUAGCUGCUAUUCGAGCCUCUAUUGAUUCUUUGGCUGCUCGAGUGAUGUCGAUUGAAGGACUGCAACGUUCUGUGUUGGAUGCUGUUCAAACUCUGUCCAAGGAUCCAGUCAUUUAG